AUGAUUCAUUUCGUAGCAGAUGUUCCAAAGGGUACGUUAAUUGGUUAUAUUGGCCUUGAACCAAAUCUUAGCUACCGAUUAAAUGGCCAUAAUGAACUAGUCACGGUGAAUAUUAAAAGUGGUGAAAUAUAUACUACUGCGCCGCUAGAUCGAGAAACGAUUACGUCCAAUGGUACCAUUAUUUUGAUGCUAACUGCUGAACCCCUUGCACUGAUUGCAAUACGCAUUAAUGUACUCGAUAUCAACGAUAAUAGUCCGGUAUUCCCAUCUAAAUAUCAGAAUGUUUCAAUUGUCGAAUCAGCAAUGGUUGGAAAUAGAAUUCGACUGCAGUCAGCCAGCGAUAUUGACUUUGCUGAAAAUGGAACAAUCAAAAAUUAUGAGCUUCAGGCAGGAAGCGAAUUUUUCAAACUGGUCAGAUCAUCGAUUGGUAAUGAUCGAGAUAUUUUACUUAUAGAAUUACUAACAAAGUUGGAUCGAGAGCAAAAAGAUUUGUUCAUUUUUAACAUAACCGCAUAUGAUGGAGGAAAUCCAACUCGUUCUGGUUACUGCACAGUUUAUGUAAACGUACUGGAUGCAAAUGAUAAUCCGCCGGAAUUCCGUCAAUCACAUUAUGAUAUUUAUUUGAAUGGAUCAGCAUUAGUUGACUCGGAAAUUCUGCAGGUUCAAGCUACCGAUGUAGAUCUCGGAGAAAACGGCCGGAUCAGAUAUCAUCUCAUUCAAAAUCCUUGGAAUAGCUUCCAAAUUCAUCCAGAUAAUGGUAUAAUAAGUUUUCAGUUAGGUGCUUCUUUGCAGCAUACCACUUUGGUCAGUUCUAAAGAAGGUUACUUGCAACACUGCGCAGAAACAUGUGUGCUAGCGGUUGAAGCAGAAGAUUAUGGAGAGCCAAAAUUAGCUGGCCGUACUUUAGUUUACAUUCACCAAACAGAUACUAAUCUGCAUGAUCCAGAAAUCAUUUUCAGAACAUAUCCAGCAGAUGCAGAAUUUAUAUCAGUAAGUCAUGCAACAAGUAUUGGUUCGACUAUCGCAAUUAUUACGGCAAAUGAUCGUGACAGUGGCCAAAAUGUUCACAUAUCAAUUAUUGCUGGUAACAGUGAAAAGUAUUUUCGACUAGAAAGUGGAAAUAAUUAUGGGAUUCUUCGACUGAAUCGAUCAGUUGAUGAUGAAUUGAUAACGCAGUUUUCACUCACAUUUCGAGCAACAGAUAAUGGAAUACCUCAACGUUCUGUUGAACGUACUUUGAUAAUUUUCGCCUUAAGUGCAAAUGAUGAUCAUCUCCCAGUACUUGCUGAAAAGUUGAUUAAAGUAAGUAUUUUGGAAGAUUCACCCGUUGGAUCAUUUGUUGCUGCAGUUCGAACUUCCACACAAGAAAAUCUAUUGCACUUUUCAAUUAUUGAUGGUGACAAAAGUGACCAUUUGUUCACGAUCGGCGAAAAUACAGGUAUUAUUAUAACUUCUGAACAGUGGCCUAAUCGUACAAAAUGGAAGUACGAGUUUGAAGUUAUGGUACGAAGAGUUGCACCAAGUGAUAAGUUUUCAGUCGGUAAAGUUCAAGUUGCUAUAAUUGAUGUCAAUAACCAUAAACCAGAAUUUUCCUCAUCAUUUUACGAAGUGGAUGUUUUGGAAGAUAUAUCACCACUUACUAUUAUCUAUAAAAUUACCGCUACUGAUAAGGCAUGUAUUGAAAUUGAAAAGAUUAAGGAUUAUGGAAAUAACAGUGUUAUAUCGUACUACAUAGAUGGUUCUCAAAGCAAGCAAUUGUUUAUAAUUAAAGAAUUUUCUGGGGAAGUGGUAUUACGUGGGAAACUUAAUCGAGAAAUUAGUAAACAGCAUCAAGUCACCAUUAUAGCUAGGGACCACGGUAAUCCAUCACAGACUACGAGAACUUCUCUUAUUGUUAACGUUUUGGAUGUUAAUGACAAUGCUCCAUAUUUCGCGCAGCUCGAAUAUCAUGGCUACAUUAAACGUGACUAUCCAUCUGGUACCAAAUUGGUUCAGGUGGAAGCAUUUGAUGAUGAUACUCCUCAGUUUGGCCAAGUAUCAUAUUUACUCUAUCAUGUAAUACCAAGUUUCUUAAGCUUGGAUCAUAGAACUGGAUGGAUUCGUCUAACCACGCAUGCUGAACAACUUAACUUUGAACAGAAGAUAGAAAUCACAGUGGGAGCAAAGGAUAUCGAAGGUAAUUUGUCUCACAAUAAUGCCACUAUUCAUUUAUGGUUGCUCGAUAGUUUACAAAAAAUACCAAAGUUUAGUUCACUUAAUAAUUGGUCUAUUGAAAUCAGUGAGAAUUCUUCACCAGAAAAAGUUUUGGCGUCAUUUUCCGUAGAAUCACGAAUGGACAAUGUUCGCUAUCGUAUCAACACUAGCGAUCUGUUGAUUGAUGAAUUCACGGGUCAUUUACGAGCACGCCGUUCAUUUGAUCGCGAAAUUGAACCAAUCAUUAGUUUCACUGUGUACGCAGAUGGAGAUUGGACUACAGGAAUGCAUCAAGGAAGACUCUUAAUUCUUGAUCAAAAUGAUAAUUCACCGACCUGUCAAGUUGAUGGAACAACUGCACAUUUUGUUAUUGAUGCAAAGCUUGUUGGCGUAGGCGCAGAGCUGUUUCGAUUACAGUGUCAUGAUUUGGAUGAUGGCCCUAAUGGCGAAAUCACAUACAGUAUCGACAGUAGCUUUUUUAUUAUUAAUCCAAAAACAGGCAUUAUAAGACUGAUGAAAUUUCCACAUGGCUUUAAUCAGUUGCAGUUUCAUGUGAUGGUAACUGAUAAUGGUGAGCCAUCAAGACAUAAUACAAUAAAAAUUGUGGCAGAAAUUAAAAAUGAAGAAAUCUACUCAUUCCCUCCGACAGUUACAUUGUUGGCGCAAAGUAACCUAUCCUUAGGAACAAUUAUAACUAGCUUAGCACCCAUUAAUUCUACCCAUCGUUUUAAAUUUCAAGCUGUUGAAAUGGUAGCAAAGAAAAGUUAUCCAGUACAAAUACUCCCAUCAGGGGAAGUUUUUAUCGCAUCAAAAUUUGAUAGUGGAAGAAUGAGACAUCUAUCCAUACCAGUUACUGCUCUUAAUUUGGACAAAAAUCCCAUUCAAAACAAGCAUGAAUUUUUACUUCAAAUUUUUUUUGAGGAUACUAAUAAUGUUGUGCCUCGGUGCCCUCGAAAAAAUAGAUUCCACAUUGCAGAAAAUAACCUACCUGGUGCCGUGGUAGGAGUUUUCAGUGCUGAUGAUGACAGUGACGGUAAUCGGAAUUCGAUAUUAUUCUAUGAUAUUGUUGACAAAGGGAAAAAGUUAUUUCACAUCGAUGAGUACGGCGGAAUUAUUCGAGCUCUCUUCACUUUGGAUUAUGAGAUAUCUCAUUACUACAACAUUACUGUUGUUGCUACUUACGAUGGUUUGCUUAAAGCCGAAUGUUUGGUUGUGAUUGAUGUUUUGGACUUAAAUGAUAACAUACCUAAGUGGGACCACGAAUUUUAUCAUUUCAAUUUUACAUCUGAUGGCUUAGAUAGUUUUGUUGGUAAAGUUAUAGCAUAUGAUAUGGAUUUUGGAUUAAAUAGUGAAAUAAGAUACAAAAUACGUCAGAAAUGGUACCCUUUUAAGAUAAAUAGAACUACUGGAGAAAUCAGACAAAGUGGUACUUUACAGCCUCAUUACGUAUAUAAUCUCACUGUAAUUGCAACGGACUGCGGCAAUCCGUCACUUUCUUCGAUCACAUAUGUAUUCAUUCAUACUGCUGCAAAAAAGAAUUGUACACCAAUGUUUAUGAAUUAUCCGCUUUAUGAUAUUGAAAUCAACAAUAGCUUUCUUGGGCUAUCAUUUAUAAGAAUUCAUGCGGUUGCUUGCGGAGAAAAUAUCUGGUACUCACUGGGUUACGGUAAUUUGAGUGCAGAACGCUUAGAUUUAUUUGCAAUUGAUGCUAUUGAUGGUAGCAUAUUUUUAACUGGAACAUUAGACGAAUAUAUUGGACAACGGAUGGAAUUAAUGAUUACAGCUGAAACAGCAUUGUCUUCCAAUACAAUAACGUUUGGAGUUGUUUUAAUGGAUAAUAACAAAUAUGGAAUAACAAAGACAAUAACAAUACAUAUUCAAGAAAACAACAAAGCAGGUGAAGUAUGUGGUAAAAUUGAUGUAUCAAAUAAUACACGCAUAAUACGUCAAAUACCAUUUGGGAAUGCGUUCCGUCUUCAUGGAAAAAAUUUAAUUUGUGAUGAUGUUUUGGAUCGUGAAAAAAUGAAUUCUUAUCGAUUAUUACUUGAAAAUCUGAACAAGGAAUCAAUAAUGGUUUUGGUUGAAGUAAUGGAUGAAAAUGAUAACUUCCCGCAGUGUAAUGGUACUCAUGCGAUAUUAAUCAGACAAGAGUCAUCACAGUUCUUUCCAUGGGAAUGCUUUGAUAAAGAUGAAGGUCUAAAUGCAGCAAUCGGAUUUCAAGUGCUGCAAAAAGCUGAUAGCAUUUUGGAUGUGAACAAGCAUGGCUUUACAGUUGAUCCUUUCAAAGGUGCUUUGCAACAUUUUUCAGUGCUGAUUUACGAUCGAAACACCGAAGCUGAAUUUCGUGAUAAACUUGACGAAUUACGAAAAACCUCCGAAAUACGCUAUACACUCAUUCCAUUUAAUCCAGGCUUGGAAGCUCAGAUUGAUUUUAAGGACCACUACCAUAUCAACCACAGUCUCGCAAUUGGUACUGUGUUUGGCACAGUGAAAGCAAAAACUGGGACUACGGUGGAAUACUUUACAACUUCAUUUGGAAGUAAAUACCAUGACAACAAAAUCAUGCAGUGGGCUGAUAUUAAUCGUCUAAGUGGGCAGUUACGCAUUAUUCAAAAGCCAGAGGGUCCUGAAAGAAAUAUGGAAAUUACGAUGUUAUCAGAAGGAUUUACUAAGACGAUCAUGGUGAGUUUUUGUUUGAUAUCGAAAUUUUCAAUUAUAAUUGUUUCAGUAUUAAACUGAAU